GUUAUACAAAAUAUUAGUGUCGACUAUAUUAUAUAUUUUAAAAGUUUUGAAUGAACUAAAGAAAUCAAACAAAUCGUGUUAAAAACAAUGAAACUCGAAUAAAAAAUGAUCUUAUUGACGGAAAAGAUAGUUUGGGCUCGUUGUGGUUAGUUUUUGUGAAAACAAUUUAACUCUGGUAUCAUUUUGUAAUAAAAGGGCCUCCAUGGUAGAAAGGAGAGCACAGUUCAGACAGCAUUGUAGGCGAGAUGGGAUAAUAUACUCUAUAUGUUUAGCCAGAGCCCAUGACAGUAGGGAUAUAAUAUAGAUGAGAGACCAUCUCUGGCUUGCGUGUUAGGGAAGGCUUGAGUAUUGUCCUUUAUUGAAUAUUGAUCAUAGUCAUUUGAUUUUAGCAACUGCUGGCGUACGCCGAUGACAUCGAUGUCAUUGACCAUAACAACCGCGCCGUUAGCUUUGCUUUCUCCAGGUUGGACAAAGAAGCUAUCCAAAUAGGUCUGUUAGUGAACGAGGGCAAUACAAAAAAUCUCCUGUCAUCAAACAAAAAGUCGCUGCAUUCGCGGCUUUUCUCCUACGUCACUGUUAACAGUCAUAACUUCGAAAGCGUUGAUAAUUUCGUCUAUCUUGGAACCAGUAUUAAGACCAAAAAUAACCUCAGCCACGAAAUCCAUCGCAGAAUAACUCUUGUCAAUAGGUGCUACUUCCGAUUGAGUAGGCAAUUGAAAAGUAAAGUUCUCUCUCGAUGAACAAAAGCCAAACUCUAUAAGCCGCUAAUAAUUCCCGUCCUGCUAUAUGGUGCAGAGGCUUGGACGAUGACAUCAACUGAUGAAUUGACGUUAUGAGUUUUCGAGAAAUAGGUUCUGCGGGAGAUUUAUGGUCCUUUGCGCAUUGGCAACGGCGAAUACAACAGUCGAUGGAACGAUGAGCUGUACGAGAUAUACGACGACAUUGACAUAUGUAGUUCGGCAAAUUAAAAGACAACGGAUACGCUGACUAGAUCCUGUCAUCCGAAUGGCUGAAAACAUCCCAGCUCAGAGAGUAUUCGGCGCAGUAUCCUCCGGGGGAAGCAGAGGAAGAGGAGGACUUCCACUCUGGUGGAGAAGAACUGAGGACAUCUUCUUAAUUAAUCAUAAGUAUGUUAAAUUUCGAAAAACUUUCGGCAAACUUAAGAACUUUAAGCCAUAAGCACAUUUAUAAAGACAAAAUUGCUUUCUUGUUCGAAAUAAUACGUCCCUAGUUUAAAAAAUCAGAUUUAACUUCGAAAAAUGGCUAGUUUAGUUUUUUUGUCUUUUAUGGAUAAUUUUUAUUAAUUUGACCACUACCUAUAGUAUUAUCUUCAGUACUUUUUGAGCUCGGUUUGUCAAAAAAAUGUGGAACGCUUCACGAUUUUGCGUGUCAUCCUUGCGCAGGGGCCAUGCUAAUCUUCUCUGUAUCGUUCCAAUUUUAGUAUAUGUUCUGCCGAAGCAAGAACAAAGUUGUAAUAUUUUAGUGGAUAAUUAUAUUAAUCUUAUGACGAAAAAGCACAUGAGAAUUACAGCAGUUCAAAGUAGAAGUGCAUGAAAAAUGCAUGCAUUGAUGCAAUUGCUGCGAUGUUGCAGUGUGUUCGUCCUUUAAGGGAUGAGUCCGUUAGGUAUAACUAUUGAACGAACACCAGGAAAAGUAUGUAUGUGCGCGUAUGCUGAGAUUAAUGUCACUAGGUAAAGCAAUACUUCAAUAAAUCAGGUACUCAAGGGAUGUUACCACUCACUUUAUAAAUAAAUUAAAAAUAUUAUUUUACGUUUAUGAUUGAUUUGUAGCAGCACAUACAUUUGUAUAUUCAAUGCAAAACCUAGCUACCCAUUAACAACACACAAAUUUGGUGUCCUUGACACUGGUUUCCAGGUAGCGCUUAGCUUAGCUACAAACUGUCACAUACGUACAUACACACAUCACUUAGUGGACUUAGCGACUACUUAAAAUACAUACGUACAAACCACCUGAGUAACAGCAUAAACAAGCCAUAAGCCGCCUCCCACUUUUAAGCGCAUAUUUGUUUAGUAAGUGUCUACAGCUAAUACUAAGUUAAGAUAUUCCACACACAGUUGAUUUACUACAGAGCAAACACAACAUCAUUUGGGGUGUAAAGCGGCACUUAAUCCAUCGUGUCAACAUAACCACAACAACGCACUUCAUCUCAAGAGUCAACAAGAACAACACUUCAUAAUGAUUUCGCGACGCGAUAAGCUUUUGAACUUGCCUUGGGCUCAACAACGUUACGAACAUCAUCGUGCCAAUCUCCGUUCAGCCAAACCGGCCAUUGAUAUGCGUGCGCCCCCCAUUUAUUCGCACGUCAUACUCAAGCCGAAGAAGGUGCAAAACGAGAGGGAGCGCCUGCAACGCAUUGAGGUGGAGAAUGUACGACUUUUGCAGAAAUUGGGUGAUAUUAUGAAGACGAAGCGUAUGUCGGAUUUGUGGUUGGCACCGCGACCCAAUUUCUUGAAUCGCGAAAAACUAUUUGAAACACGCCCUUAUUCGAGUUUACCGAAACUGAUUACCAUCUAUGGACCAACAUCGCCAGAACUUGCGACGAAACCGACAAGUGCUUUGAAGUCACCGAAUUCGAAAUUAGCACAUCGAUGCCCAACUUGUAGCGGUAGACCCGAGCGUACGCAAGUGGUCAUUCCCGAGAAACGUAUCCCUUGGGAGCCGCCACGUGUCUCACGGAAUGUGCAAACUGAGAAGAAUUGUACAACGAAGCGUUGCUUGCAUUGUGGGCACCCUAAGAAAGCGGUUGAAAUGAACGUGGAUUCAAAGGAGGAAAAUUAAUGAAAAGGCUAGAAAAGAUUGAGAAUAGAGAGGAAUAUAUUAACUUAAGAACGAGUAAGCGGAUUUGAAAGAAUAAUGAGAAAAAGUGCAUAUAAUUUUUAGCUUAUGGUCAAGAAUAUACGCGAAAUCAUUGAAAUAAAAGUAAUAAAAAAAUUUCGAAAACCAACUGAGAUUCAUUAAACAAAAUGAAACACCAAUAAAAUAACAUAAUUUUGUAAUAUUUUGAGUUAUGCGCUUCUAUUGUGAAAAUCUAACGUUAUAAAUUACUUAGAGAGCGUUUAGGUGCAUAAGUAAUU